AGCUAUGCGACAGACUGGCGACCUGUCCAGGGUGUACCCCGCCUCUCGCCCUAUGACAGCUGGGAUAGGCUCCAGCGCCCCCCGCGACCCUGGAAAGGAUAAGCGGAUGGAUGGAUAUUACUGAGUCAGCAUGUUCUUCUCUUCAUUGUUUAGGUGGAUCCUGAAGUUUCCUAUGUCACCAUCAGCAACACCUAGAAAACCAAGAUAAGGUGAAUUAUGACAAAGAUGAAGAUGAUGUUUCAAUAAACUAUGAAAGCGUUGGAUACUCUGCUGUUUCUUUCAGACGCCACUGAUCAACAACAUCAACUCAGCAGAGGAAACUGUUGUUAUAUUAUCAAUAUCAUCUCAUCUGGUUUUACAGGUAGAUAUAAACUAGAUGAGAACUUUAAAGCAAUGUUAACAGUUUUUGAGUUUCACACUGUUUUUAUUUUAAUCUGAUAGAAGAUGUUUAUUCAAGUUUUAAUCUUCUCUUGUUAAAUAUGACUGUUGUUAAAUACCUUUAAUGAACCAUUUAAGUCGCAGUCACUAUUGUGACACAGCAAACUUCAGCAAUUAAAAGUUUCUAAAAGUGUUUCUGAAUUAUGUAUCAAUGCAUUUUAAGCUAACAUCACAAUAAUAAACUCUCUAAGUGAAAUAUGUGCAGUGUCUAAAGUCCAGUAUGAGUUUUAUAACAUGUCUUUCAUGAUCAUUAACCAGUGUCUUGAAUAUUAUUGUUUAUAGUGAUGUAAUCUGGAAAGAAAAUGCAUUUCUCUUCAUUUGGUUCUAUUUUUACAGAACAAAUUUUAAAUGCUCACAUUUUAGGUCUGAGCAGAGCCAGAGGUCCUCAGUUUUCAUUUUUCAAUUUUGUGCCUCCUCAUCUCGUGUGUCCAAAUGCUUGCGAUCUGCAAAUCAAUUUCAAUAAACCAAGUAAACCAUGUUAAAGGAUGUUUUAACUCAGAGGAGUGAGAGAAGAAAGGAGACAGGAGAGGAGACUUGCUGGAGGAGCUAUUAUCAAGGAUGCACAGGUGCCUCUGAGAGUGAGGUCGAUAAAGAGAAUACUACUGCAUCAAACAGAAGACUGAAGAGGAAAGCUGUGGAUGAAGACCCUGGACUGCACACAUCACUGAAAAAGCUGAACCCUCUUGGCCCUGUUGUUGCUGACAGACUGCACACCCAGUGUAAAGAAGAGCAGGACCACAUCCCCAUAAUAAAGAUCAACUCAGUCUGUUCAAUGGCCUCCCCUGCUCCAUCGCCACAGGACUGCUCAGGAUCCACGAGCGCCAUGGCAUCCACCCCAGAGUUGAAAAUCGGCCAGAAGCUCAAUGAGGGCAAGACUAAACAGAUUUUUGAGCUUGUGGACCAGCCGGGACUGGUUCUAGUCCAGUCUAAAGACCAGCUCACAGCUGGGAACGCUGUGAGGAGAGAUCAGAUGGAGGGCAAAGCUGCCAUUGCCAACAAAACCACGAGCUGCUGCAGGAGUCUGACUCCUUCACAAAACCCACCUCACCCCCAUCUCUGCAUCUCCCAUGUUACUCAGUGCUCCAUCCAAACCUCCAUCAGAUGGGCCAUCAGAGUCCAAUCACCAAAUAGCUUGACUGGAUUCUGUUUAUCAGUAUCUGUAAAUGAAACAUCCAUGUUUAUGAAAGUUGGAGAUGACGUCACUCUGCCUUGUCUAAAUCUGAUAGAUGAUCAAAAUAACUGUGAUGGUACUACGUGGACCUUUACUCCAAGAAACAGAGACAGAGUAGAGCUGAUCACACUUGGACAGAUUGUUGAACAUGCUAAAACUAAAUCAGACAGACUGAGUGUUACAGCGAACUGUUCUCUGCUUAUAAAGAACGUCACAGUUGAGGAUGUUGGUCUUUAUUACUGUCAACAAUACAAAUUAGGAGAAACACGAGCUGAGAGCACUCUGGUUUAUCAGUCUUUCAUUGAUCUCUCUGUUAUUACCUUGACUGAACAUGAGGACACUGAUACGGUGAUGUUAAGCUGCUCUGUGGUGACAUAUGAACAGUGUCAUCACACAGUGAAGUGGCUGAUUGAAGGUCGAGAUGUGGACAAAGAGAACAAAGAAAUAGUGACUUCACAGACUGACUGCGCUGCCACUGUGUCUUUUCUUGAGUCUCACUAUAUUUACCCAUCAAGGUAUAAUAUAAUGAAAUGUGAAGUGACUGACACUAACACAAGAAGAGUGCAGCUGUUUACAUUCAGCCUUCAGCCCUCAGGUGAGGAAACAGGUGACACAAAAACAACAACGAAUCCAGCCAGAAAAACUGAAAUAAGCACAAAAUCAGAAACAAACCCAACAAUCAAGAGUCCUUCAAAACCAGCUAUCCAGUGGUUCAUCAUUCCACCUGCUGGUUUAGUCUCACUCCUGGUAAUAGUUGUGGUUUUCAUCAGAUGGAAGAGAACUAGAGGAAAUAAAACACAGAUGGAUGAAGAUGCUGGACUGAGUUUAAACCCUGCAGAGACUCGGUCUGCUCCUCAAACCAGUCAGGACUCGGUGGAUCCUGAAGUUUCCUACGCUACCAUCAGCUACACCAAGACCAACAAUAAAGUUCGGGUUCAGGGUGAUGAUGAAGGUGAUGCAGUGACCUACAGCACUGUGAAGGCUCAUUCCUCUUCUGCUGCAGCCACUGCUGAUCCCAGCAGCCUCUACUCGACUGUCAGUUUCCCAGUCACAUAGUUCAAGUUG